GCGGGGCCGGAGGCGGGGCGGGAGCUGCCCCGUCCCCGCGGAACUACAGCUCCCGGCGCUCCCGGCGCGGUUCCCAUGGACACGGGGAGCCGGGCCCGCGCCCCGCCGAGCCAUGCCCAAGCCCAGUGAUACUUUGUGGGAUCUUGCUAUAGCUGAAGUGGAGAAGAGAGAAAACCCUGAUGAUGAUGUCAAACAGGGGGAAGUUUGGGAAAAAUCGAUAUUAUUUAUGGGAAACAAAAAUGGGGGAAAGACCACUAUUAUAUUGAGGUGUCUUGAGAGGGAAGAGACUCCAAAGCCAACAUUAGCCUUGGAAUAUACCUUUGGAAGAAGGGCAAGGAGACACAAUACACCUAAAGAUAUAGCUCAUUUUUGGGAACUAGGUGGUGGAACCUCAUUAUUGGAACUCAUUCGAAUACCAAUCACUAGCCACAACAUAAGAUCCUUUGCUGUAGUUCUUGUAUUGGAUCUGUCCAAACCUAAUGAACUCUGGACUACUAUGGAGAACCUUCUGCAGGUCACCAGGAACCACGUGAACAAAAUUUUAGCCAAACUAGAAAAGACAAAUCCUGAAGUAGCUGCUGAAUUUAAACAGAAGAUGCGGAACAAUCUGCAGAGGGAUCACCCAGAUUAUGAGUUAGUUGACCCUUUUCCAAUACCCUUGGUGAUAAUUGGAAGCAAAUAUGAUAUUUUUCAUGAGUUUGACUCUGAAAUGAGGAAAAUAAUAAGCAAGACACUUCGGUUUGUUUCACAUUAUUAUGGAGCAUCAUUAGUGUUUACCAGUAAAUCUGAGGCUCUGCUGCUGAAAGCCCGUGUUCUUAUUAAUCACUUGGCAUUUGGCUAUGAUAAAAGCAAAUCUGUAUCAGUGGAUCCCAGCAAACCUCUGUUUAUACCAGCAGGCCUGGAUUCGCUGAGCCAAAUAGGACCACCACCUGCCUCGGAUAGUGAUAUUGGAAAGAUGCGUGCAAACACACCUUUGGAACUGUGGAAAAAAGUAUUUGAGAAAACAUUUCCUCCCAAGAGUUCCUGUGAUUUACAAGAUACCAAGGACCCUGCACAGGAUAUACAAUACACUGAGUAUGAAAUUGAUGUCAUGAGAGCUCAGAAAAACCAGGAACUUGAACAGUACAAAAGAAAUGCCUCUAAAUCCUGGAAAGAAAUGGAUUUUGACUCCGAUUGAUGAGCUGCUGUAGGUGUCUUCAGUUUAACAAUGUUUACAAAAUUAUUUUAACAUUACACUAGCAAUUUCAUCUGAUGCAGUUGAAAAUGCAUAUUAUCAAACUACAAAAUUAGUAUUUAUUAAGCAUCCCUGUUGGUAUUUUUCAUAAAAAGAGCUGUUCAUUCAGUCCAAAUUUGUGAAUCUCGGCACUGGGGAGUGCCGAGUUUUAAAAAGUGGGGAGACAAGAAUUCUAGAUUUCUCACAGAUGGGUUUGAACAUAAAGACUGGCAUUAGUCAGUUCUACCUAUUUUAUAACACAUUAUUUGGUUUAUUUUUAAAUACUUCUGCCCUAAACAUGUAUUUAAAUAUAAACAAGUUUUCACACCCAAAAUAUGAAACUGUAGUAGAAUGUGGUAGGCAUCUUUUUCUAGUUCUUUGCAUGUAUAAGUCAAAAGCAAACCUUAAGAAAUACCUGCUACAUUGUUUGAUAUAUUUGAAUAAAUAAAUAAAAACCUGGCAGAAUAAAGCGUAAAACAUUCUUUGACCUGGA